AUGACCGCUCUUGCCCUCAACCAAGCCCAAAUCCAAAACAGAGACAUCUUAAGCGACGUUGUCGGUGCUUUGACUACCGCUGUUGGCGGUAUCGCGUCUGUCGCUGGUGACAUCGACAGUGUUGCCACUAAGGUCGCGUCAGGUGCUGCUUCCGUCUUCACCAAGGCUACUGCAGGUGCCGCUUCUGUCGCUACCAAUGUUGCUACCAACGUGGCGUCUGUCGCAACCAACGGCGCUUCCCACAUCGAGUCUGUCGCAACCAACGCUGCUUCCCACAUCGAGUCUGUCGCUACCAACGCUGCUACCCACGUUGAGUCUGCCGCUACCAACGGUGCUUCGCACGUAAAGUCCGUCGCCAGUGAAGUUAAAAGCGACAUCAAGUCUUUAACCAGUGUUGCUGGUGGUGCCGCCUCUUCGUCCUCCCAGGCUAGUGCCGCCUCCUCGUCCUCCAAGGCUAGUGCCGCCUCUUCCUCGUCCUCCAAGGCUGGUGCCGCCGGCGUUGCUGCUCCAGGCAACUGGAAGGCUUCUGCCUUGAUCGGUGGUGUCUUGGGCCUUUCCGCUCUUUUGAGCAUCUUUUAA